AUGGAUGAAAUUGAUGUUGAUGCCACUGAUGAAGCUGGUCUCGAUGGCCGCACUGGUGUCGAUGCAACCGAUGGCGGAAGUGGUAUCGACGCAUGUGAUAUCGAGGCAGCUGAUUCGGAUGCAACUGAUAACCGGGAUGGUGUUGACGCAACUGAUCUCGCAACUGAUGGCGGAAGCGGUAUCAACACAGGUGAUAUUGAAGCAACUGAUUCUGACGCAACUGAUCUCGCAACUGACGGCGGAGCUGGUGUCGACGCAACUAACGCUGGUACAACUGAGAAUGGAGCUGGUGCUGACGCCGCUGAUACCGAUGUAAUUGAUAGCCGAGUUGGUGUCGAUGCACCCGAUGUCGCAACCGAGGGCGGAGCCGGUAUCGACGCAGGUGAUAUGGAUGCAACUGAUAGCCGAGUUGGUGUCAACGAAACUGAUGUCGAUGCAGCUGACGGCGGAACUGGUAUCGAUGCAGGUAAUAUCGACGCAGAUGAUGCUGAUGCAACAGAUGGUCUUGGUGUCGACAUACCCGAUGUUAACGGAUUAGGACGAAGACUAGAUACAUUGGUGCUGACACUAGCACUAGUAGCGAUCGAUAGACGUCUGGAAUCAAUACGGGAUGCAAUCGAAGAAGCCGAAUUCUUGCGCGUUCGUGUGCCACUGCUUGAGCUUGAGUUUGAGCUUUUUCGAAUUUUUCGAUGGCCAUCCCUCCUGUAUACCUUGACUUUAUCUUUGUUAAGAACAACGCGUGAUUGA